AUGUCAUUUGAUUCGUGGUUUUUAGACGACACUCCAUUACCAAGACUAGGUUUUCUCGGCCAUGGAAACUAUGGCUAUGUCAGCCUGGUUCGAAACCGCGAUGGACUAUUCAUGGCUAAGAAAACAUCUCACCUCAAAUACUCAGAGAUGCUCGAUAAAGAAGUAAGGAUAAUGGACCGCUUCUUUUCAAUCAAUUUCAACACCGUGAGAGCCACGAGCCCUGUGGUUUCCUACGAAACUAUGCCAUUCAACGUGAAAGUUUGUUCCAUUCACAUGGAAGUUGCACCACAUGGUACACUCAGAGACAUGCUAACCAACGCCGGUGGGGCAUUACCGGAGAACGUCGUCGGUUAUUGUAUUCUCCAGGUUCUUGAAGUGCUCAGGGAUUUUCACCAACACGGUUAUGUGCAUUGUGAUCUCAAGCCAGAGAACAUAUUCAUCUUCCCGAGCAAUGCUCAUGGAGAGCUUUGUGAACUCAAACUUGGUGACUUCGGUUUGGCUAAGGAGCCUAAUGGACCUGAUCCAGUGAAUGGUUCUUUAUUCGAGGGGAAUCCGGAGAAUUUGGCUCCAGAGGCAGUCGGGCCACGUGGAGUGAUCUCGUCGGCGGUUGAUAUCUGGUCCUUAGGUACUAUGGUACUUGAGAUGAUGGGGAUGAGGAGUGAUUACUUGCCGAGUACUCUAUCGCAUAUUCCUUGGGACUUUGUGAGGAGAUGUAAAGUGCGAAAUCCUCGGAAUAGAGCCACCGCGGAGGAGCUCAUGAGCCAUGGUUUUGUUAAACAAAGUCUUGGGGUUCCACCGCUUGAGCUGCUUCCAGUUCAUCCUCUCUUAAGUAAUGGAGUGGUCCAAGGAAAGCUUUUCUAG